AUGGAGCCUCUCAUUGUGGUUUUGCUGGGUUUGAUUCUGACGGUAGCUUCACCAGUGCAGAACGACUGUACCUGUGCGACCAACAAGUGGACGGUGUGUGCUCAGGAUGCAUAUGGGAACUGCAACUGCACGCUGGUAGGUUCAAAUCACCAGGUAAACUGUUCAACGCUGACUUCCAAAUGCUUGCUGUUGAAAGCAGAAAUGAUCCCCCUGAAGCACAAGCGCUUCAGGGGCCAUCUCCAUGGGAAGCUGUUAGAUGAUGAUGGCAUUUACAAUCCAGCCUGUGAGGACAGUGGUCUCUUCAAAGCCAGGCAGUGCAGUCAAACUGGUACUUGCUGGUGUGUGAACACCGCUGGAGUAAGAAGAACUGAAAAGGGUGACAAAAGCCUGAGUUGCAGUGAACUGGUAAGAACAAGCUGGAUCUACAUUGAACUGAAGCACAAACGAAGGUCCACUGACUUCAACGUUCCCGACAUAGUAAAAACCCUGAAACACCUGUUGGAGAGCCGAUACAAACUGCACCCCAAGUAUAUCACAGCCAUUAAGUACGAUUCCCCACGCAUCCAAAUCCGCCUGAAGCAGAAAGACUCCGAGAAAUCUAGCUAUGAUGUCGAUAUAGCAGAUGUAGCCUAUUACUUUGGAAAAGAUAUAAAAGGUGACUCCAUAUUUAAUUCUAACAGUUCAUUAACUGUCUCUGUCAACGGAGAUGCUCUGGAUAUUGAAACACUACAAAUUAACUAUGUUGAUGAAAAGCCACCAGAGUUUUACUUGAGACGAUUAGUUGGUGAUGCUACUCGUGUGGUGACAGUGACAAUAGCGGUUGUUGGCUCUGGCAUCAUCAUACUCAUUAUUCUGGUGUGUCAGCGGGCAAAAAAAUAUAAGAAAUGUGAGACUGAAGAAAUGGGUGAAAUAAGAGUACCAGGCUUAGAUCUGCCGUGA